GUGACAUAUUGAAUAUCGUGUUCAACAGGUCAGCCAUUAGUUUGCAAUCUGUCUCAAUGUUUUCAGUCGUAGUUCAUACAGCCCGGAACCAGCUUCAUUGAACAGUGCAAAAUCUUCCGAAAAGAUCCUUACUAAAAAAGUCAAGAACAGGAAAAUCAACCUGUUUUCGCUUGACUGAACCAUUCGAAAGAUAUUGAGUAUUGGACUUUUAUGCACCUCGAUUCACGACUGGUGCGUUACUGUGAGAAUGUUCGAACCGAGGGGUUAUGUGUCGGAUUAUGAGUCCGAAACCUCCAGUAAUAUUGAUGGUGGCAGUGAGAUAAGCCAAUCUGACAUACCUCCUACCAAAGAUAAGGAGCUGUGGGAAAAACCUACAAGAGCGCGUUUUCCAGCAUACGGAAAUUCGAAGGCUGUUUUGGAUGCAGAAAACAAAAGAGCCUAUAAUUCAGCUCUCCGACAUCAUCUAUUAAAUCUAGAUGCUUUCGAACGUCAUAAAAAAUUGGUGAAUAACUAUUUGCAGUAUUACGGUGGAUCAUGGAAGGAUUUCGAGCGUGACACUUCGAAGGAUAAGACAGAUGUUGACGUUAUAAAAGAACAUGGGCGGUUUUUGUGGUCAGAUGAAGAUGAGGCGACAUCUUGGUCCGAUCGUCUUGCUAAAAAAUACUGGGAAAAACUUUUUAAAGAAUAUUGCCUUAUUGAUUUAUCACGUUAUAAACAAAAUAAGUUUGGUAUGCGAUGGAGAUUAGAAAGAGAAGUAAUAUCUGGUAAAGGUCAAUUUACUUGUGGAAAUGUUGCUUGCGCAGCUGGAUCUGAACGUCUUCGUAGUUGGGAAGUGAAUUUUGUUUAUCAAGAACGAGGUGAACGACGUAAUGCUUUAGUUAAAAUACGUUUAUGUCCUCCUUGCUCGGAAAAGUUGAAUUAUCGAUAUAGGAGACGUGAUGUUACCGGUAAACAAUUAAAUCAAAACCAAGGUCAUGAUGAAAGUACCAUCAACCAACAAGAAACCAACGAUACUACUACUAAUAAUAAUACAGAAUCUUCCAAUACUUCCCCUUCAUCAAAACGCUCACGUAUUGAUCACAUAAACAAUGAUGUUGACAAAUCACAAGAACAAAAAUCAACCGAUCCAAAUUCAAUAUGGUGUUCUACAUCAUCAUCAUCAUCAUCGUCAUCAUCAGGUCCAUUGGCGCAGAAUAGCAAUAAAAAUUCCUCAACAACAGCAACUACUCCUACUACUGGUCAUGUUAGUAGUGGCGGUAUUAUCAAAACACAAGAUGAUGAAUUUGAUGAGUAUUUUGCUGAUAUGUUAAUUUAAACUUUGUGUAACUUUUGGUUUCCUCUCUGUCUCUCUCUCUCUCUCUCUCUAUCUCGCUGCCUCUUCGUCUUUGUUCACACACACGUACAUACAAGCGUGCACAUUAGUUUUAUGUUGUAAAUACAUAUAUAUUUACUAUGAAAUAAUUAUCUCUUGCCCUAUUUCUAUUAUUCCAUUUGUCUUAUGAGGUGUUUGCAUUAUGCUUAUUGGUAAUAAUGAUGGUAGCUUUUAUAAUUAGCCCUAUUAUCAUCUUGCUGUGUAUUUUACUGGCCAAUCGGCCAUUCUACUUUUUUCUAAUAAUUAUGUGGUCUAUUGAAAAGUCAGUUAUUGUAUCAAUUUUUUCUUUUCCUCUCUUGUGUAAAUUUAUUACAAAUUAUGACGUACAUUUAUGUCAGUGUUUUUCCCUUUUUUUUCAUGUUUAUCUAUCUAUCUAUCUAUCUAUCGAUUGUGUAAUACACAAUUGACGAAUAAUAAUAUAGCGUAAAUAAGC